UGGAUAUCACUUUAUGUAGUAACAAGUGCUAUUUGUUUAAAAGUGAGGUUAUACUUUUAUUACAAUUUGCUCAAAAUGUCUGUAGGUAGAGACCCGAAAAUAGUUCUUCUCUGUAAUAUUCUCGCGUUUGUAGCAGUGGGUUCGAAACCGAAUUUUGUGUUCUUUUUAACGGACGAUCAGGAUGUUUUGCUGAAUGGAAUGGUGCCUUUAACACGGACACACUUUUUACUUGGAUUGAGAGGAAAGACAUUCACAAAUGCGUAUGUCAACACCCCCAUAUGUUGCCCCAGCCGUAGCACAAUCUUGACAGGCAAAUAUGCUCACAAUACAGGCGUAGUUAACAACUCAAUAGCCGGCAACUGCUCCAGCAGAUAUUGGCAACGACACCAAGAGAAGCAUUCGUUAGCAGCCAACUUGAAAGAAAACGAAUAUGUUACCUUCUACGCUGGAAAAUAUUUAAAUGCGUAUGGACAUAAAGACGCUGGAGGUACGAAACACGUUCCAAAAGGAUACGAUUGGUGGAUAGGACUAAAAGGAAAUUCACGAUACUACAAUUACACUUUAUCUCUGAAUGGAUCUGCAAAAUUUUUCAAGGAUGACUACUUAACAGAUGUUCUGGGCCCCUAUCACGUCUUGGAAGGUAAACGGCAAAUCACCAGUGACCCUGUGUAAAUAAGAUGCCCUUGAUUAUAUUUCAGACUAAAUAUGGAAAAGACUUUUUGAAGAUGAGGCCUCGAGGAAAUCCUUUUUUUAUGAUGCUUGCACCUCCAGCUUGCCAUGCUCCUUUCACCCCGGCAAAAAGACAUGAACAUACUUUCAAUGGCACCAAGGUUGUAAGGAAUCCAGCUUUCAACUAUACAUCUUCAGGCAAGCACUGGUUAGUGAGGAUGCAGCCACAACAACUACCACAGAAUGUUAGCAUCUUGGACGAUAUUCAAAGACACAGGCUCCAGUCCCUGCUGGCAGUCGAUGAAAUGGUGAAGACAAUAGUUGAAGAAGUAGAAUCAGCUGGAGAAAUUAACAAUACGUAUUUUAUAUUUACCUCUGAUCAUGGAUUUCAUAUAGGCCAAUUUUCUCUACCAUGGGACAAAAGGCAGCCUUAUGAAACAGAUAUAAGAGUUCCAUUUCUAAUCAGCGGCCCAAGCAUCCCUCAUAACACCACUGAUGACUAUCCGAUAUCUGCAGUUGAUUUGGUUCCUACAAUCCUUGAUCUAGCUGGUACGGAAAUACCAAACCAUGCAGAUGGUGUAAGCUUCAAACAAAGAUUGUUGGAAAUUGGGGACGAGGCACAAUCAUACGAAAAGCUGAUUUUAGUUGAGUAUUGGGGUGAGGGAAAUAAAAAAUCAAUAGAUGACAGGUGUCCAUGGAAAGAAGAUGGAAAUCUUGCGGAAUGCAGCAAAAACGCAUGGUGUAAAUGUCAAGAUGCCAGGAACAAUACAUACAUCUGCGUUUUACAAUUUUCGUACUCUUCGAGACUCAAGUUCUGUUCCUUCGAUGAUAAUCAGUCCUUUGUCGAGCUGUAUGAUCUGGAAAGUGAUCCCUACGAACUCGAUAACCUUAUCAGUACUAUAACGAAACACAAGAUCAGGGAUCAUCACAAGAUACUACACAAAUUUAGGAAAUGUAGAGGCAAGAGGUGUCAUGGUAUUGCUCACAAUCUGUAAAGGCCAAAGACUUGUACUGAAAAACGAUUUAUGCAAUACACUAUUAGAGCAAUACACAAUCGACCAAAAAUACUAUAGAAUAAACGUCACAAGUUCAGCCAAUAGAGAGGUUUCUUCAUCAGUUUUCUGAUUUACAGUUUUAAUCCUGAUUUUUCUAUUGCCCGGCGUGAAUCACAAUUUGCAACUAUGGCACAAAUUGGUCCAAUAAGAAGGCGUUCUUGAUGUGAUGAAUCUGCUCGAUUUCUUGCAGAAUAUCUUUCAAACUAGAGAAAAAUUACACGAGUCGUGCAAAAUGGGAUCCUAAUUCUCAUAUUAGAUCAAGAAAUACUUCAUAUGUAUCAUGAUUUAGCUAAAAACCUAUUUUUCAUUUGUGUUUGGACACAAAAGUUGAGGCAAAUUACAAUAAAUUAAAGACGAUUUGUGGCAUACUGGUAACAUGGAUCAAACUUGAUACCAUAGAUUGACCUGGCCCCAUUACUGAGCAUUUUAUUAAA